ACCUGGGAGCAGUUGCUGUACGUAAAAAUCAAGUUACAAGCAGCGCUACGAGCCUUCAACCAAUUACCUCGCGGACAGCUUGCAAAAGAUUUAUUAAAAGAAGCGGAUGAAGAAACGAAAGCAAAUUUGAAAACUGCUCACGAAAAUGCUGCAAAACUUGUUUUCAAUUUGUUGGAAGCCGAACACCUGCUGUUGGCGGCAUCUUCUUUCACCAGUUCCAUAGUUGGGAAAGAAGGAGCUGUGGAUUCCGACGACGAAGAAAUAGAGAGUAGCGACGACGAAACCGCUGCGGCUGCAGCUGACAGCGAUAUCGAGUCAGUGUGUUCUGAUAAGCAGCGUCUGGUGAAACGGUCUCGCGUAAAAAAGUCCGAUAUCGAGCGGAUUGGAGGUAAUCCUGAGGCUGAAGAGGAUGAAGAAAUUUACGACGAUGAUGAUUUCUAUCAGGUUCUUCUGAAAGAAUUGAUAAGCAAGAAAUCAAACAAUACUCAGGAUCCAGUUGCAAUGACAAGAUAUCUUCCUAUCCCUAAGCUUGUGAAUUUCCAUCCAGCAAUGCCAGAAAUGGUAGAGUGGAGUCAUGAAACACGGAACGAACUCUUUAAAUCUUUAUUUUCCUAA